CACGUACUAACGAGCAGUAGACUGAUCGGGUUUGAAGACCUGGGCAAUGACGACAAGUUCGAGACGGCGACGCUCGAGUGGCGUCUGCUGAACAGCGGGAUAUUGGUGAAAGAGCAGCAGGGUGCUAAUAUCGUGUAUGGCGCAACGCCCACCGUACGACAGCAAAUAAGAGGACGGCAAGACGACGACUCCGAUUUCGAUAUUGAUGAUUGACGCAGCUUACACUGUGGAAGCUUUCGUGUUCGUCGGGCUUUGAUAUAAACAGCGUACAUCUCUCAUUCGGGACGAAUCUCUUUGACGACAUUGAUCUCGUGGUUGGCAUGCGAAUGCGAUAAUUAUGCCGUUCAGCGGCAGAUGCGAUGACUACACCCAAACCCAACUACGGUGCUCUACGAGGUAUACAAUUACUUCUCGUUCUAUGCCCAUUAAAUGCUUCUUUCAUAAUCAUUCUUGUCUCCACAUUUCCUCCACGUCCUUUACGCCAAUGGGCACAGCCUGGAGUUCACCUCCCGCUUGCUUCGACACCGACAGAUAUAUCUUGUUCGCAGGAUCGCUGGUGCCGUCCAAGAAGGCGAACUGCCGCAGGUGGCGGCAGAAGGUGAAGAAAAUGAUCGCAAUGCACGCCGCGGACGCGGUACUGCCCGUAGGGUGGCUCGAGGGUGCCCACACAAUCAUCUCGACGACGGGAAAACUUUGCGAGAUCGCCUGCGAGAGACUAGGGAUUGUGACUAGUGAAAUGGUUCCGUCGCGCAUCUCCAAAAAUUGCAACUUCGCCCACCGUCUCUUCAUCGCCAUCCGGUUGAUGACCGACGUCAUACUCAUCGCUCCCGAGCUGUCCGACGCGGGCGACAGUCGAAGAGCGCUGCGGCGCAAGCUGAGCCGCCUGACCGUCGAGCUGAAGGCGGCCAGCGCCUUCAAGCCUCGAUUUCAAUGUUCGGGUUGAGCUUGUUGAGGUCCACGCGCAGAUGUGUGAGCGGCCUCGUGGGUGGUGACGCUGCCUGCAGCGACAGCAUAAAGGGGCGCAGCAGUCGAGGGUGCGGAGGCGCGGGACGACAUCCAUCGGAAAGGGCAUGUGCUGGUACGCGCUCUUCGUCAGGACGUCCGACGCCGGAGGUGC